AUGCGCGAAGUUAUCCAUCUUUCGGUUGGGGGAUGUGGCAGCCGAAUUGGGUCAGCUUUCUGGGAGAUGAUUGCAAAAGAGCAUGGAUUCGUCGAGAAUGGGCCGUCCAAAGGCACAGAAGACGCUGAGCAUCAAAAUCUCGAAGUCUAUUUCCACGAGCCUUACCAUGGUAUUCACACGCCUCGAGCCAUAUUUGUCGACCUGGAGCCGAGUAUGAUCGACGAAGUCCGCUCAGGAGGAUAUGGCAAGUCCUUCCGACCCGACAACUUCAUCUCUGGCGAAUAUGGUGGCGGAGGCAAUUGGGCUCAAGGGCAUUAUGGGAGGGGCGCUGAGCUGACUGAAAACGUCCUCGAUGCAGUGCGCCGGGAGGCAGAGAGUUGCGAUUGCCUCCAAGGCUUCCAAAUCUGCCAUUCUAUAGGGGGUGGUACAGGUGCGGGCUUGGGGACACUCCUUCUCGCCAAGUUGAAAGACGAAUUUCCCGAUCGCAUUAUGUCCACCUUCUCCGUGCUGCCAUCACCAAAGGUCGCCGAGACUUUGGUGGAGACGUACAGCGCGGUCUUGUCGAUUCAUCACCUCACUGAAUACAGUGAUCAGAGUUUUUGCUUUGACAAUGGCAAGUUGCACGAUACAUGCACUCGGAAUCUAAACAUGCCCCAACCAACAUACGACGCUUACAAUCGUUUGAUCUCGACCGCCAUGUCGGGUAUAUCGGCCUCCCUUAGGUUUCCCGGCCAGCUGAAUUCGGAUCUUUGCAAAACGCACAUGAACUUGGUCUCGUUUCCACGAAUGCACUUUCUUACUGUAGGACAAGCACCUCUGUCUGAAAUAGAAUCCGACGUGCGAGAGACGCAGAGCCUCACUGCCGAGCGCUUGGCAAAGGAGGUUUUCGAUUCUAAGAACCUCAUGACCGCCGGCGAUUUCAGUGACGGGCGGCACUUGGCAUGCUCUACAAUGUUUCGCGGUCGGCUUUCCAUGGAAGACAUCGAGGACCAGAUCCGCAAUAUGCAAAACCGAAAUUCGGAAAGUUUCAAGCGAGGAAUUCCACACAACUUCCAAACGUCAUAUUGCUCGGUGGCACAGUCGAGUAUGGAACUAUCUAGCACAUUGAUUAGCAACUCAACGUCUAUCCAAAGCACCUUCGAGCGCCUCGGCGACGACUUCACCACAAUGUUUCGUCGAAAGGCUUACAUGCGCUCGUACACCAUGGGAGACCUGGCCAUAGAUGAGAUGGACUUUACAGAGGCCCAUUCCAAUAUACUGGACCUUGUCUCUGAGUGUCAAGAGUGCCAUGCACCUGUAGAGCAUAAAUGA